AUAAGUAAUCACUUCUCUGUAUCUUUACCAGCAUUCAAUGGUGUCACUGUUUUUUGUCUCCUCUCUUUAUAUUGAAUAACUGCUAUCAAAUUUUUCCCUCUUCAGAGAAUCUCUUAUGUACUAUAAGGUUGCAUCGCUUGUAAAUAAAAAAACCUAUGGCCUAUAGGAAAGGGUAGAAUAGAAGGUGGAAUAUGUAGUGGGUAGAAAGGAAUCUGGGAUAGAGCCAGGCAGGGAUACGUGCCCUGAACGUGGAAGAGGUCAGAUGCAAGGGAGCGGAACAAAGGUAAUCUGCCGAGUGGCAGAAUUUAGAUUAUAAUAACGAGAUGAUUAAUUUAUGAGCUAGUCAGGGAACGGUCAGAGUUUAUGGCCAAGUCAGUUUAUGGUCAGAGGUUAUAAUCAAGUCUCAGGAUUGUUACUCUGGUGCUUGGGGCUGGGAGAAAAAACUUGCACUUAAUAUUCCCCCUAUUCAACAAUCUCCUUUAAUGAAAACAUUUUGGUAGACAUAAUAGGCAUUGGAACACACUUAGUUUAACUAACGAGAAUGUGGCUAGAACUCUGUCACUUGUUUGUUAGGAUGAUUCUAUUGCUGUGAAAAGACACCAUAACCACAGCAACUCUUAAAGGAGAACAUUUACUCAAGGGCUUGCUUACAGCUUGAGAAGCUUAGACUGUUAGUAUCAUGGUAGUGAGAGUGGCAGACUCGGCACGCAUGGUGGCGGAGAAUAGCCGAGAGUUACCUUCUUAUCUGCAGGCAGAGAGAACGAGACUAGGUCUCGGAAUGGACUUCUGAAAUCUCAGAGUUCACACACUUCCUUCCAUUAGGCCUUACCCCAAUCCUAUCAAGCAGUUUCACUCUCUGGUUAACUAAGCAUUCACAUAUAUAAGCCUAUAGGGGUUGUUCUCAUUCAAACUACCAGUUAGUGUUUUAGACGUUCUGAAAUAACUUAAGCAGAGUGGAUAGAAAAGAAUGGGAAAAGAACCUAGGAUAGAAUCCUAAGUAGAAUCUGUGUGUGAGUUGGGAGAUAAUAUGGUCAAAGAGCUAGGAAUAUACUUUGUAAAGUGAUCCUGUCUGUCCACCUCUUUCUUUGUUUCUUUGUUUCAUUCAUUCUUUCUGACAGUCUCACUUUAUAAGUCAGGCUGGCCUUGAACAACCCUUCCCCCACACCCCCUUUGGGCAAACCUUUUCACCUCCUUAGUGCUGAGAUUACAGGUGUAAUACUCAGCAACAGACUUUAAAAACAAAGGUACUGGAGAGAUGGUUCAGUGGUUAAGGGUAGUGGCUGCUCAUCCAGAGGAUCUGGGUUUAAUUUCCAGCACCCACAUAGUGGCUCGCAGUGAUCUAUCCAUCUAUAACUCCAGUUCUAGGGGAACUGACAUUUUCUUCUGACCUUCUUGGGUACUGUGUGCACAGACAUAUGUGCAGACAGAAUACUCAUAUGUGAAAUAUGAAAAAAUUAGUAAACAGAAUAAAGAACAGAGACAACCAGAGGGAGACAACUUUCUGAAUUGAAAGAAAAAAGCCUCCUCCGUAUGGUCUCUAAGGGACCAGUACUGAUCUUUACUUGUCUGUUUCAGUAGAGACAAAGCCAGAAGCAUGGGGACAUCUGCUUGAAUUAUGGACAAAAGAAAAGAAAAACAGUGAAGAGCAUUCUUUACCACAAAUGCUAAAAAACAAUUAAGAAUUAGCCUUUGUGGUGGUUUGACUGUGCUUGCUCAGGGAGUGGCACUAUCAGGAGGCGUGGCCUUGUUGGAGGAGGUGUGUCACUAGCGUUGUGGGCAAGGAGACCCUCCUCCUAACCAUGUGGGAGCCAGUCUUCUGUGGCUUUCAGAUGAAGAUGUAGAACUCUCAGCUCCGCCUGCACCACGCCUUCCUGGAUGCUGUCAUGUCCCCACCUUGAUGAUACUGUACUAAACCUCAGAACCAGUAAGCUAGAUCCAAUUAAAUGCUGUCCUUAUAAGCAUUAUCUUGGUUGUGUCUUCACAGCAGUAAAACCCUAACUAAGACAUCAUUAGUUAAGGUUUUAAAGUUAUUCCUUUUUCUUUUCUUUUUUUUUUUACAUUUUUAAGUUGGUGUCUAGCUGUCUUGUCCAGGUUAGUGAAUCUUUUACCCCAGCCUCCUAUGCAGCUAGAAGGACUGUUAUAAAUUGAAGUUGAGUUAGUUGGGGGAGAAAGAGGCUGGACAUCUAGGAAAAAAAAAAUCUUAACAAAUUCUCAGCAAAGAACAUGUAAUAAACAGCCCAGAUUUAUUUUAUUAUUGUUAAUUUAAAAAAAAAGAUUUACUUUACAGGGAUGAGUCUUUUGCCUGACAGGUCAGAAGAGGGCAUCAUAUUUUCUGGAACCAGUGUUAUGGAUGGUUUUGAGCCAACUUGUUGGUACUGAGAGUCAAUCUCAGGUCCUCUUGAUAAGUGCUGGUAACUGCUGAGUCAUGUCUCCAGCCCACCAAGUUUAUUUUAAUGGAAAAAAAAUACUCAAAACAGAGGUGGAGUUUAUGGAGCCAGACUCUGGAGAAGAUGGGAGAGAUUCCAUUCAGGAUGUAGGGAAUGAGGUGCAGAGGUACACAGGUGCAUCUGGGGGUGGUGAAUGGAGCUGCCAGGGCUUUGCUCAAUUUUGUAGGGCUUUUUCAGAUGGGGUGGGGCACCUGAUAACAUUCCUGAAGCAUUCAGAACAGCUACUAAAGGAACGAGAGAGUGCUGGUUAAAGACAAGGAACAGGAUUGAUCACCGAGUGAAGAAAAUGCAGCAUUUCAAACAGGUGUUCUCCCUUAAGCACACACAUAGUGGUGUCAAUGAACUCAAUAGGUCGAAGGUAGUCUUUAGUAGUUGAGUUGGGAGACAAAAUUCAGAAAAUGAUGUGUAGUCAGGAAUGAACAGUUCAAGAAUAGAGGAAUGAGUGAGCUGUAGAACAAGUGUAAAAAUCUAAAGGGAAAGACAGAAGAAUAGGCCUUAAGUAGAAAAGAGGAGAUUGAAGUGAGGCUCAUGGCUGGAAUAUUAGCACUUGGCUGAAGUGGCAGGAUUGCCACAUAUUUGAGACCAGCCUGGGCUAUGAAAAACACAGUGAAAAGGGUCUAUAAUCAUAAUUUCUUUGCAACCUACUUUAAUAAGGGUUCAACCUCUCCUUUAGUUCAGCACUCGGCAGAGGUAGUAGAAGAGAAGAGUUAUUAGGACGUGGGGGAAGUGGACCUGUUCGGAAUAUUUCUUAGGGGGAAAGCUCCAUCUUCUUUCUCAGCAAUUCAGUCCUAUAAUCCAGCAAACACCAAGAAAGAAUGAGCAGCUUCAGUCCAGUCCUCUAGGCAGGCAGGAACCAGAAACUAUAGUUCAAUCCUGAAGAAAAUACCAGGCUCACCAACCGGCCUGAGGCAAGGCAGCGGAAGUGGUAAGCUGCCGCAGGAACCUCAGGAGCAGUUCUGGGCGAGUUUCACUCAAUGGUGGUGUUACCACAGGUUGAGCUCAACAACUCUAUGUGGGGUGAACAUGUGCUGUUAGUGAGGCAGAGCAAACCAAUGCUUAGUGCUCAUCUCCCACUGUCCGUGGGGUCAUAUUUAUACUCCUUCAUCAAGUGUCCUUUCACGUGUUUGCUAUAUCAAGACAUCCUUUGACCUGUGCCUGCUUCAGGUAAUCAUUCUUUCCUGUGUCCGCUUUAGCACAACAUCCUUUCACCUGUGUGCCCCAGCAAACCAUCAUUUGACAUAAUUAACUUUCCAAAGAAACUAGACAUUUCCACUUCAAAGGUCUAUUAGAGUUAAGAUAUCAUAAGUAAAGGAAAUUGGGGGUGCACAUAGCAAAGGCACUGUUUCAAAUUGAGAAUGCAGUUUUCAUUCUGAUGGCUGUGUGCAUAAUGGAUUGAAAUGGGCACUGCUCGAAGCAGUCAGUCAUAUAGCAUACAUUCUGUAUCAUUUUCUACACUCUUCUUACAACCCAGUUAAUUGAACCAAUACAUCUUAAUUAUAUGUGCCUGGGAGGAUCACACCUCAGCAGCAUUUGCCCAGUCAUCUUUACUGUAUGUUUUUAGAAACUUUUGAGUUCACAAGAGGAAAAAUUUGCUGAUAUUAUAUGCUUUGCGGUUGUAGAUGGAAACAGUGGAACGCUUUUUGCCUUUCACAGUGAAACUCUGGACAUUUUUGGCACUCUUGGUCAUAUAGUUUUCUUGACUACUACAUUUUUGUGUUUUUACACACAUUGAUUUUCUAUUAUAUUUUGCGUUUUUAUAUACAAACCUGCAUUGAAUUUUAUCUUGUUAUAUAAUAUGGUGUCUAAACAUUGUAGUGUCCUGUUUGAAAACAUUUUAAACAAAUGUUCAAAGAAUGUAUGCCAGGAGAAAAGGUGGCUCUGACAUUGAAGGAAACCUCUUCUGUAGGUUACAUGAGUUCAGGGUCCCAGCAAAUUUGUCUUAAAACAGUUCAGUUGCGAAUGUGCAGAGUUCUCGAACAAAAAGUGCCACUUCGUUUAGAUAUGCCUAAUUUGCAACAACUGUAAGUAGAAUGCCAGGUCAAUUAACUUACUUUUCUUACACCGGUGGGUGGACAAGCUAGGAUUUCCGUACAGCAUCAUGGCGGCGGUCUGCCGGAGUCUGGUGUGUGGAACAAACCAGGGCGACUUCCUGUAGAAGGACAGCUGUGCAAAGCCGGUUCCUGAGAUAAGCAUCAUGGCGUCCCCGGAGGGUGCCGCUCAAUGCUGCAUGCUGGGGGAAGAGGCAGCCGUAAAGGAGUCGCCGCUUCCUCUUCCACCUCCCACCGGCUGUCGUAAAAGGUGAAUGGAGAGAGAGUUGUGGAGGGGAAAGGAGGGAGGACAGGGGGCGCGGAGUCAGAGUGGCGCAGCAAGUAGCUGCAGGAGGCGGUGGCAGCGGCAGGGGGUGGGGGUAAGGUAGUCCCCUGAGGCGGAGGCGGCUGAAAGGGGCCAGGAAGCAUCCGGGCUGCAACCCGGCCUGCUGGCUCUAGGACCGGAGCUCCCGCUCGUGGACAUGGACCUCAAUCGGAUCAUCCAGGCGCUGAAGGGCACUAUCGACCCAAAGCUGAGGAUUGCUGCCGAGACGGAGCUCAACCAGUCCUACAAGAUUAUUAAUUUUGCCCCCAGCUUGCUUCGGAUCAUAGUCUCUGACCAUGUGGAGUUCCCUGUGCGUCAGGCAGCUGCCAUCUACCUGAAGAAUAUGGUGACACAGUACUGGCCAGACAGGGAGCCUCCACCAGGGGAAGUGAUAUUCCCAUUUAAUAUCCACGAGAAUGACCGGCAGCAGAUUCGUGACAACAUUGUGGAAGGGAUAAUUCGGUCUCCAGAUCUGGUGAGAGUCCAGCUAACAAUGUGUCUCCGAGUCAUAAUUAGACAUGAUUUCCCUGGUCAUUGGCCUGCAGUGGUGGACAAGAUAGACUACUACUUGAAGUCACCAAACAGUGGGAACUGGCUCGGCAGUUUACUGUGCUUGUAUCAGCUGGUGAAGACCUAUGAAUAUAAAAAAGCGGAAGAAAGAGAGCCUCUCCUGGCAGCCAUGCAGAUAUUUCUGCCUAGAAUUCAGCAGCAAAUCCUGCAGCUGCUUCCGGAUGCUUCCCAUUACUCUGUGUUGCUGCAGAAGCAGAUUCUGAAGAUCUUCUAUGCUCUCGUUCAGUACGCACUGCCCCUUCAGCUGGUGAAUCACCAGACCAUGACUACGUGGAUGGAGAUCUUUCGGACCAUCAUCGAUAGGACGGUCCCUCCGGAGACUCUUCAAAUAGAUGAGGAUGACCGGCCGGAGCUGGUGUGGUGGAAGUGUAAGAAGUGGGCUCUGCAUAUUGUCACUCGUCUCUUUGAACGGUAUGGAAGUCCAGGAAAUGUCACAAAAGAGUACUUCGAAUUUUCUGAAUUUUUUUUGAAAACCUAUGCAGUGGGAAUUCAGCAGGUACUACUAAAAAUUUUAGACCAAUACCGACAGAAAGAGUAUAUAGCGCCCCGUGUUCUUCAGCAAGCUCUCAACUACCUGAACCAAGGGGUUGUCCAUGCAGUGACGUGGAAACAGAUGAAGCCACACAUGCAGAAUAUCUCUGAAGACGUCAUUUUUUCCGUGAUGUGUUACAAAGACGAGGAUGAAGAGCUGUGGCAAGAAGACCCGUACGAGUACAUCAGGGUGAAAUUCGAUAUUUUUGAAGAUUAUGCUUCACCCACCACAGCGGCCCAGACCCUCCUGUACACAGCUGCAAAGAAAAGGAAAGAGGUAUUGCCAAAAAUGAUGGCGUUCUGUUAUCAGAUACUAACAGACCCGAACUUUGACCCCAGGAAGAAAGAUGGAGCCCUGCAUGUGAUUGGUUCCCUGGCUGAGAUUUUGUUGAAGAAGAGUUUAUUCAAGGACCAAAUUGAGUUGUUCCUGCAGAAUCAUGUAUUUCCAUUAAUAUUGUCUAACCUGGGAUAUCUUCGAGCUAGAUCCUGCUGGGUGCUUCAUGCAUUUAGUUCUUUGAAGUUUCACAAUGAGCUCAACCUCAGAAAUGCAGUAGAGUUAGCAAAGAAGAGCCUGAUUGAAGACUUGGAGAUGCCCGUCAAGGUGGAAGCUGCCCUUGCACUGCAGUCGCUGAUCUCCAACCAGACACAAGCCAAGGAGUACAUGAAACCAUACGUGAGAUUCAUCAUGCAGGAGCUUCUGCACAUUGUCAAAGAGACGGAGAGUGAUGAUGUCACUAACGUCAUCCAGAAGCUCAUAUGUGAGUACAGUCACGACAUGGCCUCCAUCGCUGUGGACAUAACCCAGCACUUGGCUGAGAUAUUUGGUAAAGUUCUUCAAAGUGACGAGUAUGAGGAAAUUGAAGACAAAACUGUCAUGGCCAUGGGAAUUUUACACACUAUCGACACUAUCUUAACCGUUGUGGAAGACCAUCCAGAGAUUAUACAGCAGCUGGAGAACAUCUGUCUACGAAUCAUUGAUCUUGUCCUACAGAAGCAUGUUAUUGAAUUCUAUGAGGAAAUCCUUUCUCUGGCAUACAAUUUAACCUGCCAUGCCAUCUCCCCGCAGAUGUGGCAGCUCCUGGGCAUUUUAUUUGAAGUUUUCCAGCAGGAUUGCUUCGAGUACUUCACAGACAUGAUGCCUCUCCUGCAUAAUUACGUGACCGUGGACACCAACGCGCUGCUGUCCAAUCCAAAGCACUUAGAAGUCUUGUUCACAAUGUGCAGGAAGGUGCUGUGUGGAGAGUCAGGGGAGGAUGCCGAGUGCUACGCUGCAAAACUCUUGGAAGUCAUCAUUCUUCAGUGCAAAGGAAGGGGAAUUGAUCAGUGUAUCCCACUGUUCAUUCAACUCGUCUUGGAGAGGUUAACCCGCGGGGUCAAGACGAGUGAGCUGCGCACAAUGUGUCUUCAGGUGGCCAUUGCGGCCCUUUACUACAGCCCUGAACUGCUGUUCCACACACUGGAGCGAGUCCAGCUGCCACACAACCCAGGACCUGUCACGUCGCAGUUUAUAAACCAGUGGAUGAGCGACACCGAUUACUUCCUUGGACACCAUGACCGGAAGAUGUGUAUAAUAGGACUAAGCGUGCUCUUGGAGCUGCAGAACCGACCUCCUGCCGUGGAUGCUGUGGCUGCACAGAUCCUCCCCUCCAUUCUCUUCCUUUUCCUUGGCCUGAAGCAGGUCUGUGCUACACGACAAACAGUAAACCGUGAAAAUCACUCAAAGGCAGAGAAAGCUGACAUAGAGGAAAAUGAGGAGAUUUCCAGUGAGGAGGAGGAGGAGACAAGUGUAAACGCUCAAGCUAUGCAGUCACAGAUCUGCAGAGGCGAGGAGGAGGAGGAUGACGACUGGGAUGAAGAAGUGGUGGAGGAGACAGCCCUCGAGGGCUUCAGCACCCCACUGGACCUCGACAACAGCGUGGAUGAGUACCAGUUUUUCACACAAGCUCUGCUGACUGUGCAGAAUCGGGAUGCUGCCUGGUACCAGCUGCUGGUGGCACCACUCAGUGAGGAUCAGAAGAGAAAGCUACAGGAGGUGUACACGUUGGCAGAGCACCGAAGGACACUGGCAGGUCAGCCAUUCCUUUCCAACUUGGAGUUGUGUGUCACCAUCUGCCUUACUUGAUUAAAAUGGCUGAAGACCAGCCUUCAUGAUAAUGAAGGAUUCCAUUGUCACAUAGCUGUGCUUGUUUUGUUUUUAAGACGGGGUUUUGCCAUGUAGCUAGGCUGGCCUGAACUUGUAAUCCUCUUAUUUUUAUCUGUAUGUACUGGAGUUACUGUGCUCCUCCUGGGCUGAAUGGUUCUUCUUUAUCUCUAUUCAAGAUACUGGGGUUUGAACUCAGAGCUUUGUACAUGUUGGGCAAAUAAUCUCCCAGUGAGCUACAACCCUAGUAGUUGUUGUCCUCCACCUCCCCCUUCCCUCCCCCUUCUUCCUCUCCUCCUCCCCGUCCCUCUCCUAUGUCUGUCUGUCUUUUUAGCUGGCCUGGAACUCACUGUGUACCCCACACUAACUUCAAACUCAACUAUCCUUCUGCCUCAACCCCCCUGAGGGCUCAGAUUACAGGUGUGUGCAGGGAUCUGGGAAGCAAAGAGGAGAUGGGGCUGGGGUCCUAGUAUCUCCUUUAAAAGCACACCCCAUGGGGCUGGAGAAGGGUGCUCAAUAAUUAAAGAGUCAUUGCUAUUCUUGCAUAGAAUCUGGGUUAGGUUCCCAGCACCCAUAUCAGGUGGCUCACAACUACCUGUAGCUCCAGUUUCCUUUUGUGAUGCCCUUUUCUGGCUUCUUGGACACUUCACACAUGUGGCAUAAACCCCUCUCACACAGGUGCAUGUGUGUAUGCAUGUGCACAUACACACAUAUACACACACAUACACACAAAAAUAAAUCUUUAAAAAAGCAUACCCAGUAACCUCACUUCCUCCAGUGAGGCCUCUCCUCUUAGAGGUUCCACCUCCCAGUCGUGCCUUAGGCUGGGAACAGAAGUUCAGCAUGUGGACUUCAGGGGACAUUUCUGACCUAAACCAGGGAAAAGUCCUUAUAAUUGUAGGGAUUCAUGUGUUGGUGACUGUUAAUUUUCAGUUUUUAAGGAGAAAUUGUUUAAUGUUAGGAUUCUGAGCUCCCUCCUGGGUUGUUAAUUGGAAAGACUUGUGCUUAGAAAGUAUUUCAAUAGAAGACAUGGGGAGUUUUAGGUGAGGAGUGUUUAGAUCCGGGCGUGGGUAGGGGAGUGACACAUCUUUUGUUAGCUACGUCGAGGAGUGGAGCCUGUAGCUAUUGGCUUGCAGCUUCAGAACUGUUUACAUUUCUCUUAUGCUAGCAAAUGGGUUUUCCACGUCAAACAUAAAGGCUGGCAUCCGGUUAGGCAGACCAAUACCAGGAAUCACCCUCUUUUCAAGUUGAAAUCUGUAAAAGGAACCAGGCCUGGGAGGGGAGGGUGGUGUCUGUAAUCCCAGCACUUGGUGUGUAGAGACUGGACAAUCAGGAGUUGAAAGCCAUCCUCAGCUGGAUAUCAAGUUAGAGGCCGGCUUGAGCUACGUGAGGCCCUGUCUGGAACAAAACAAAACAGUACACUAUCAUAAAAGCCUGUUUUUUUAAGGUUACUUUAAACUCUCUCACCUGAAGCAAUCAUUCCCUCCCCACUUUUUUUUUUUUUUUAAUAGCAGGGCAGUUCCACAUUUGAGGACAGGAGCAUCUUCUCUGCAUUUAAUUUUGGAGCUGCGCCCAGCAACACCCGGAAGGCGCGUCCACCGUGCACCGAUCGGCGUCACCGCUGCUGCUUAGUACACGGGUUGAGGGCCAAGAGGGAAACAAGGGACUGAGUCGUCGGCAUCAGGCGGCCACGGACCUGUUCUCCCUUUCCUUGACCCUUCUCACCCUGGAAUAUAUAUAUUUUUAACAGCUACUGUAAUGUAUGAAAUUUUAAAAAAGCAGAAUCAUUGAUUGGAAAGGACAGAGCGUCCGCUCUGAAGGCUGAACGCUGAGGGUUUAGAGUUCUGUAUUGGCGCAUGUCUCAGGUUUUUGCCAUGAAGAAUCAGUGGAUUUAUGCAGAUAACAGUGCCUUCUGUUGUACAUGAAUAAUCAGAAAACAAUUUUUUUGGAGUGCAUUGCAAUUUUUUUUAAAGCAUAAAACAUAUUUCUAGAUAUCCUGUAAACCUUGGUUAUGUCAUUUCAUUCUGCAUUUUUCUCUGUGAGUUGACCGUCAGGCAGUUAGUGCAGGUCUCACUCUGGCUUCAGAAGCAUCCCUGCACCCUUGGACCACCCUGUGCCCAAAGGCUUCCUUCAAGGGUCGGAACUCAGGCAGUGGCUCUGGUUUUACCUAAGACAUCUGUGGCUAUCCUAAGAACUGUCUGGUUUUCCUAAGACAUCUGUGGCUAUCCUAAGAACUGUCUGGUUUUCCUAAGACAUCUGUGGCUAUCCUAAGAACUGUCUGAUUUUCCCUAAGACAUCUGCGGCAUCCUAAGAACUGUUAAAUUCAGUUUCCCACCACAUUUUCUCUCUGAGGGGGAUGAUGAUUCUUUCAGGAUCGAAAGUGUAUUGAUAAUAUUGACAACCUGCUAAUUUCAGGCUUCACCCGCCUCUUGGCAGCCAGCAGCAGGGACUUGUCAGUCACUGGGCUUAGCAGAAAGACUGACGGUCUUAUGGGUCAUGUGUUUAAGUAAUACUGCAGGGGUUGUGGGCAUCCCAAUAUGAAAGCACACUGAAGUUCUAAGCAGAAGGUGACUCCUGGGUGGGGGCUCGGUCAGUAGUUACCAUUCCAACCAUGUUGGACAGGGCCCAAAGCAUUUUAUAAUUUUUUUCCUUUCUCCAUUCAACCCUCCCUUCUUUCUUUGUGAGAGAGAGAGACAAUUUCUGUAUGCAACCCAGGUUGACCUCAAGAUUGCAGUCCUCCUGAGUCAGCCCCAUGGCUGUUAACACACCCAGCCGGUGGGUUUUGCUACGUAGUUCUGGCUGGACUGGAACUCACUCUGUGGCUUAGGCUGACCUCAGACUUGCAGCAGUCCUCCCUCAGCUUCCCAGGGCUUGGAGUUACAGCCGUUACAAAUGGUAGACGUCUUUUCAUUUAGUAAGAAGACCCGACAGCUCUAACCUAACAAUCUGCUCUUCACGGUCUGAAGUCUCUCCAGCCUGACUUGGCUUAGUCUUUAUUACGGCUCAGUUGCUUUUUCAUAAAUUCCUCAAGGGUUGGUCUCUUGGCCAGCUGGGUUUACAGGUGAGUGAUGACGUCACUGUCGCAGAUGGCUUUUCCCGAACUGUUCAAAAGCAGACUAUGAACCACUGUGCUUUCAUUCGGCAAAAUGAAAAUAUGUUAUCAGGACUCGAAAUAUUUCUGGAUGUGAUACAGAUUUUGUUUGUGUGAAAUACCUGCAGCUUAAAUUUCCAUCAGCAACUGGCAGGAUUUUCCGGGUGAUUCCUGAAUUGUCAAUCCUUACUUGUAUUCUUUUUUUUUUUUUUAAUUUAGGUUAUUUAAUUUUUUUUCAGAAGUAGCUUUGAAAAGCCAUGUGUUUCAGAGUGAAAUCACCCUGUAUUUUGCCGUCUCUCAUUUUUCAGGGCACCAAAGCUGCGUGUCCCCCAGCAGUUAGAAGGGGAAGAUUGCAUUGCGGGGGCUUUAGAGCUCUGAAGUGGUCCGUUUUUCUCCCAUGUCUUAUGUGGUUUAAUUGUAACAUAGGUAGUAUGCCUUCACACUGGAUCCCGGGGGCAUGGGCUUUGGAGAUCUUACUUCGUGGUGAAUUGCCAUCUGCAGUAUUGAAGGGAAGACAUAUUCCUGCGCAUCACCAUACCUUGUUUUUAAAGCCAGAGUCAUUGUAUGAUUUUUAUUACCUGAAGUGCUCACCGGAAUGUGAUCUGGUUACCUUGGAAAUGCAGGAACUUUUAUGAAUGUACUGUAAAAUAAAAUGUGGGCUAAUCCCCAGGAGCUGAA